CCCGUCUCCGCCCCUGGUUGGCGUCACGGCUCGCGCCCUGGCUUCCUGUCCGACCUUCGACCCCGGGAAGCGCGGGUCUUCGCGGGCCGCCCCUCCCCGCUCGGCAGGACUGCUUGAAAGCACGAACAGGGAGGCCAUGGCCACCCCGCAGGUGACGGUGGGCACCAUCACGGUGGAUGGGCAAACCCUGUUCUACCGGCAGGCCAAUCCGGCCCAGCAGGCCCCCAAGCUAUCUGUCCUGCUGCUCCACGGCAUUCGCUUUUCAUCUGAGACCUGGCUCAACCUGCAGACGCUGUCUAAGCUGGCGGAUGCUGGCUACCGUGCUGUGGCCGUCGAUCUGCCAGGGCUUGGCCAUUCCAAGGAGGCGACAGCUCCGGCUCCUGUUGGGCAGCCUGCCCCUGGGGGUUUCCUGAAGGCUGUCUGUGAGGCCCUGCAGCUGGGCCAGGUGGUUGUGAUCAGCCCAUCCCUCAGCGGGAUGUAUUCGCUCCCAUUCCUCUUCCAGCACAGCCAGCUGGUCCAUGCCUACGUGCCGGUGGCGCCCAUCUGCACCGAGAAGUUCCCCGCCACGCAGUACACCAGCAUAAAGACCCCCACGCUGAUUGUGUAUGGGGACCAGGACACCCAGCUCGGGGAAAUAAGCCUGAACAACCUCAAGAACCUCCCCAAUCACAAGGUGCUCCUGCUGAAAGGAGCAGGACAUGCCUGUUACCUGGACAAGCCGGAGGAGUGGCACCUGGGCCUGCUGGACUUCCUGAAGAGCCUGGAGUGACGAGUGGCCUCUUUUCUUCCCCAGACCUCCAGUGCGCGAUCUGUCAGGCACAUGGCUGGCUCUUUGGUGCACACCUCCUGUGGAGGAUCUGGGGCCCACAGCUUCUUUCUCUCACUAGAGCGGGUACUUAAUUGAUGGCUCCUUCCCGAUCUCAGACAAUCGCAGCACACUGGGGGGUUAGCAAAUGGUGGCCACGAAGCCAGAGGUGCCCUCCUGGCAGUCAGGUGCUUGCUCCUUUUCCUUCUUUUUAAAAUGAUUAGAAUUGAAAGGUUUAUCGAAGCUGCCUGGCCACUAGCAUGGGGUGAGACUGGGGGUAUUGAGGGCAGGUUCCCCAGCUGCACAUUCUAGUGCAAACCCGUCCUGCAAAUCCUAGCUCCAUAGCUGUGUCAAUGCCCCUGCUCCUGCCCUGCAGCGCCCCUGCUACUCCAGACCUGCCAGUGCCCCCAAUCCUGCCCUUCAGCCCCCCCUGUGACUCCAGCCCUGCCCCCACCCAGCUCUGCCAGUGCCCCCAAUCCUGUCCUGCAGCCCCCCUGCAACUCCAGCCCUGCCUCCACCCAGCUCUGCCAGUGCCCCCAAUCCUGCCCUAUAGCCUCCCUGCUACUCCAGCCCUAUCCCCCACCCAGCUCUGCCAGUGUCCCCACACCUGCUCUGCAGCCCCCCUGCAAUUCCAGCCCAACCACCCCAGUUCUGCUGCACACCUCAAUCCUGACCUGUAGCACCCCCGGCUACUUCAGCCCUAUCACAGCCCCAAUGAUGUGCCUUAAUCCUGCUGUGAGCCUCACCGGAGCACAUGCUGACACCCACGCGCAGCACUGCUUGGCUUGUGAGGAGCGACCCAGCCCCUGGGAGCCACACGGAGGCCAAACUUGCUACCAGCCUGGGAUCGAUCAUUCAGGGAGCUUCCACCCAAACUCUGCGGCGACAGCACCUAAUCCUUCACGAACAAAUAAAACUCAGAUCUGGG